UUCCAGAGAUGGUGCUGGCUUCAUCUCUGACGUCAUUACCGCACGCGGUACAGAGCAACACAGAGCAAAUGAGGAAAACGGCACGUGAUUCUAGCCAUUGUGAUGACGUAGACAAGGGGUGGGCGUGGGUUGUCAUGGCAGCAGGGUCAUUGUCUAUAUUCCUGACAAAUGGCAUGUCCUACAGCGUCGGGGUGAUGUAUCUACCAAUGCUAGAGACGUUCAAAGAGGGCGAGGCCAUCACUUCUAUGGUGGGCUCGGUAUUCAUGGGGCUCUCCAUGCUAACAGGUGUAUUUGCCAGCAUCCUCUGUGACAAGUUUGACUGCCGCAAGACAUGUAUUCUAGGCGGGUUUCUGUUUGCUGUGGGGAUGACCUGCAGCACGUUUGGCACCAGUUGUACCUAUCUCGUCAUAACAUUUGGAAUAAUCGCGG